AUGAGCUCGUCUCGUCCGGGCGCCUGGCUACGCGCCAUAGGUGCCAAGUAUGUGACUGCUCGCAAAGGCUACAAAGCUUUGGAAAAUCUAGACGACAGCACGAUCGAAUUAAGGACCAUUGGUUCGACACAUGUGCAAGAUGAUCAUUAUCCUACCCAGGAAGAACUCGAAGUUUUACCACGAAUUUCUGAUGUUAUUUCAUGGCGCGUCUACACAGUGGCCUUCGUUGAGCUAUGCGAGCGAUUCUCCUACUAUGGCACAGUUAUUCUGUUCCAGAAUUUUGUGCAACGGAAACUCCAAACUCCCACAGGCAAGGCUCUGAACCCUGGUGGUGAUGUCAACAACAACCCUGGUGCUUUGGGCCAGGGACAGCAAAUCGCUACCGGAAUGAGUACAUUCUUUUCCUUCUGGUGUUAUGUCACCCCAUUGAUGGGAGCUUGGCUAGCUGACACCUAUCUUGGAAGGUUUAACACAAUCAUGAUUUCCAUUGGAUGUGCUCUUGUUGGUCAUGGAGUCUUGGUUCUGGCCGCUAACCCAUCCGUCCUGGAGAAUUCCCAGAUCGCCUUUGCGGCAUUCAUCGUUGCCAUUCUCAUAUUCGGCUUGGGUACAGGGGGAUUCAAACCAAACAUUUCACCACUCAUCGCUGAGCAGAUUGUUGGGGACAAACUUCGGGUCGAGCUUAAUCAAAAGGGCGAACGCGUCAUUAUUGAUCCAGCCCAAACCUCAGCCAGAGUCUACAACUGGUUUUAUCUUUUCAUCAAUAUCGGAGCUUUGAUCGGGCAGAUCUCGAUGUCGUACGCCGCACUUUAUGUCGGUUACUAUCUUGCAUUUCUUCUUCCGACAAUAUUGUUUCUCUUCUGUCCCGUGGUACUACUCGUCUUCAAGAGCCACUAUCACCUAACUCCGCCUCAAGGUUCAGUUCUUGGGCCUGCCGUAAAACUCCUUCUCUACGCCACGAAAGGCUGUUGGAAUUGGAAUCCAAUCAAGACGGUCCGCAACAUGCGGAGUGCGAAUUUCUGGGAUCAAGUUCGACCAUCUCAAAUCCCGGCUGCUGAACGUCCUGACUGGAUGCAGUUCGAUGACGUGUAUGUCGAUGAAGUCCGCCGCGGUUUCAAGGCUUGUACCGUAUUUCUUUGGUACCCCUUGUACUGGGUUACCUACAAUCAGCUUAACAACAACUUGACCUCUCAGGCCAAUGUCAUGCAGCACAAGGGCGUUCCCCCUGAGAUUGUCAGUAAUCUCGAUCCACUGACUCUCAUCAUCCUCAUCCCUAUCUGCGAUCUUGUCAUUUUCCCAGCACUGCAGAAACGAGGAAUUAACUUCACACCAAUUAAGAAGAUCACUCUAGGAUUUUGGACCGGAGCUGCCGCGAUGGUGUAUGCCUGCUUCAUCCAAAAUUAUAUCUAUAGUCACAACGAAUGUGGGAGAUAUCCGAGCGAGGGCUUACCGGAUGGAAGCGACUGUCCGGCAGCUGACAUUUCCAUCUGGUAUCAAACGCCCAUUUACGUCCUCAUCGCAAUCAGCGAGAUUCUUGCCGCCAUCACCAGCUUGAACUAUGCCUUCACAAAGGCGCCGAAGAACAUGCGUUCCAUGGUACAGGCAUUUGCGCUUUUCAUGACGGCAAUUGCGAACGCAAUUGGGGAGGCACUGCUGGGUCUCUCCACCGAUCCUCUUUUGGUUUGGAACUAUGCGAUCAUGGCCAUUAUUGCAUUCGUGGCAGGUGGGCUCUUCUGGAUCUCUCAUCGUCAUCUCGACGCCGAAGAAGACAUGCUGAAUCAGUUGCCAACGGGCAGAAUGGCGCCCAAAGAGCAACUGACGGGGCAGGGUCAAGGUCUGGAUUCGGAAGAUAACAGCAUCGCAACUCGUGCUAACAUGCGUUCUGCUGCUCGAAGUGCAGGGAAGCAUGGCCGGGUUAGCAGCGGAGGAAGCAGGAAAUGA